AUGGAACAAAAUGGCGCGCAUAGUAAGCGCAAGCAGCCGCCUACCCCCAGCAACGAGCGCCCAAUGAAGCAGAUCAAAGCCGAGACGGAUGCCCACAGUCGCAACGGGGUAGCUGCGUCGCCCACACCAGAGAUGGAUGUGGACGAUGCGCGCAGUGACGUCAGCCUUGAGCCCAUAGCUGUUGUGCCCGUCGCUGGCGCAGUGCACGACACGGCUGAGUGGCAGAAGACGAUUGAGGGCGUUGUGAAAAGCGUCGUUUCGAUCCACUUCUGCCAGACAUGCUCGUUCGACACAGACCCGGCCAUUGCCUCAGAGGCGACUGGUUUCGUCGUGGACGCUGAGAAAGGCUACAUCAUGACGAACAGGCACGUCGUCGGCGCAGGACCCUUCAUUGGCUACUGUAUCUUCGACAAUCACGAGGAGUGCGACGUUUACCCCGUAUACCGCGACCCUGUCCACGACUUCGGCAUUCUGCGCUUCGACCCCUCCAAGAUCAAGUACAUGCCCCUUACUGCGCUGCAACUGAAGCCAGACCUCGCCAAAGUCGGUGUUGAGAUCCGCGUUGUGGGUAAUGAUGCUGGAGAAAAGCUCAGUAUCCUGUCUGGUGUCAUCAGUCGACUGGACCGCAAUGCGCCAGAGUACGGCGAGGGUUACUCUGACUUCAACACAAACUACAUCCAGGCCGCCGCCGCUGCAAGUGGUGGAAGUUCUGGCAGUCCAGUCGUGAACAGGGACGGCUAUGCUGUUGCGCUGCAAGCUGGUGGGCGAUCAGACGGUGCCGCGACCGACUACUUCCUACCCCUCGACCGUCCGUUACGCGCUCUCGAACUUGUUCGCCAAGGGGAAUCCGUGUCACGAGGCACAGUACAGACACAGUGGAUACUGAAGCCCUUCGAUGAAUGCAGGAGGCUUGGCCUAUCGGCGGAUGUCGAAGAAGCAGUUCGCACCCAGUUCCCCAAGGAAACGGGCAUGCUGGUGGCUGAGGUUGUCCUCCCACAAGGGCCUGCAUCCAGCAAGAUCGAGGAAGGCGAUCUUCUGACGCAUGUGAACGGCGAGCUCCUGACUCAGUUCGUUCGUCUGGACGCGAUACUAGACGACCACGUUGGCAAGAAGAUCUCAGUGACGAUCCAGCGUGCCGGCGAGAACAUGAGCGUCGAGUUGGAUGUGGGCGAUCUGCACGCCAUCACACCAGACAGGUUCGUGUCAGUGGCUGGAGCCUCAUUCCAUGACCUGUCGUACCAACAGGCUCGCCUGUAUGCCAUCUCACUCAAGGAUGCAGGUGUCUACGUGUGCGAAGCAGCAGGCUCAUUCCGAUUCGCCGAUGGUUACGCAUCCGGGUGGUUGAUUCAAGAAGUGGACAACCAGCCUACGCCGAACCUCGACGCCUUCAUCGAAGUCAUGCGUAGGAUACCUGACCGCAAGCGCGUUGUUAUCAUGUACAAGCAUCUCCGUGAUCUGCAUACUGUUAACACAAGUAUCACAGCCAUCGACAGGCAUUGGCACGCGAAGAUCAGGGUAGCUACGCGCAACGAUGCCACAGGGUUGUGGGACUUCAAACCGCUAGCUGAUCCCGUGCCGGCCAUACCGCCCGUGCCGCGCCGUGCCAACUUCGUCACGAUGAACUCGCAGUACCCUGAAGCAGUCGACAUUGUUCGCAGUCUUGUACGGGUACACGUCUCCAUGCCGAUCAAGCUUGAUGGUUUCCCCAAGAUGAACAAGCAAGGCUAUGGUAUUGUAGUAGAUGCUGAGCAAGGUCUUGUCCUUGUCUCGCGAGCAAUCUUGCCGUAUGACCUCUGCGACAUCUCCUUGAUCAUCGCAGACAGUAUCUUCAUUGACGCCAAGGUUGUAUUCAUGCACCCAUUACAGAAUUACGCUAUUGUCAAGUAUGAUCCAUCGAUGGUCCAAGCCUCAGUCAAGACACCGAAGUUCUCGACAGAAUUCAUCAAGAAGGGAGACGAAACGAUCUUCUUUGGUAUGAAUCAGAACUUCCGCCCUGUCGUAACAAAAACAGUGGUAACAGACAUCACCACCGUCGCCAUUCCUGCCAGCGCCAUCACACCCCGCUACCGCGCGACAAACUUCGAUGCCAUCACAGUAGACACCAACCAAGCGUCUCACAGUGGCUCAGGUGUCCUGAUCGCCGAAGACGGCACAGUGCAGGCCCUGUGGCUGUCCUACCUCGGUGAGCGGACAUCACACAGCGGCAAAGAUGUUGAAUACCACCUAGGUCUCGCAACACCGAACCUCCUCCCCGUCCUCAACGAGAUCAGAGGCGGCAAGACCCCCAAACUCCGCAUCCUCAACGUCGAGUUCCAAACCGUGCAGAUGAGCCAGGCGCGCGUCAUGGGCGUAUCAGAAGAAUGGAUCGAGAAGACGGAGCACGCCGAUCCGGAGCGACACCAGCUCUUCAUGGUUCGCAAGGUUGACUCUGGACACGGCGAUGGUCUCCAAGAGGGUGAUGUGCUCCUCACACUCAACGGCAAGCUCGUCACAAGAAGCCCCGACCUCGAUGUCAUGUACACCAACGAAUUCCUCGACGCCGUCGUGGUGCGCAAGCGUAACGAGAUGGCCAUCAAAGUACACACCGUGCCCACCGAGGAUCUCGAGACAGACCGCCUCGUCAGCUUCUGCGGCGCUACGUUCCAUCGCCCUCACCAAGCUGUAAGGCAGCAGAUCAGCAAGGUUCACUCUGAUGUGUACAUCUCGUCGCGCGCCCGCGGUUCGCCGGCGUACAUGUACGGCCUCGCACCGACCAACUUCCUCACCCACGUCAACAACAAGCCCACACCCGACCUCGACUCGUUCCUCGAAGCCGUCAAGCAGAUCAAAGACAACGAGUACUUCCGGCUCAAGGUCAUGACGUUCGACAACGUGCCGUGGGUCGCGACGAUGAAGAAGAACGAGCACUAUUUCCCCACCAUCGAAUACGUCAAGGACAAGAGCGAGGAACUUGGAUGGAGAAAGAUUAUUCAUGAGUGUGAUGCUGGGGGAGCGAGGGAGGAGGCGGUGGAUGGGGGAGAGGCGGAGGUCGCGGAGGGUGAGGGGUGUGAUGAGUAG